ACGAGUUACACUGGCAGACAGGUACCAUCCUCUUAACUAGCCGGAUGGAUGAAUAGUAGAGAGAUAGUGAUCGGGACCGGUACAAUCAAAAAACUAUCGAGAAGAGAGGAGAUCGCUCGAGGAUCUCAUCUGGUCGCGAGGGUCGUCAUCAUCGUACCGGUCGACCAGAUAAAUUUUUUUUUUUUUUGUUCUGUGUUUAUUAUAGAAAAAAAAAAAAAUUAGUGACGCCGAAUGAUUUGGAAUUUAUUUAUCUAUUUCCUUAAUCAGGAACCACAUUCGCCGAGUUUGCCAAUUAUUUUUAUGAUUUUUAAAAUUAUUCUCUAUUACGGACAUUGGGUUUGUUAAUUAUUAUAGGAUUACAGUGUUUUUAGAGUGAAAAAAAAAAUUAUACCGUUUGGAAAAAAAGUGAGUCUCUUAUCGAGAGAUAAAGAAAAAGAAUUUUUUUUUGUGGAACCAAAGGUGAAUGUUAAUUCGGAAUUUGUUAUGAUACGAACCCUUUGAAACACGGAAUAUACGAGUAUUUACAUCGAUUUACGAUGACUUCCGGUAGGAGUAUUUAUCUACUAGUCCUGUCUCUGGCAAUGACAGAAGCUUUUUCCAUUUCCUACACACAACCCGAAAGAGGGAGAAAGCUGUUUGGCGGGUAUAGAAUAGUUCCAAAGGUGUGUCAGCCAACGAAUCCCUCGAGAGUUAAGCCCAACGAACCAGCCAUUUGUAUGUUCAAUUACGAAUGUACUCGACGGAACGGCGAAGUUGUUGGUGCCUGUAUGGAUGGAUUUCUUUUUGGUGCAUGUUGCCAAUUGCCCUCAAAACAUGCCCAAGUCAAUAAUUUAGAGAAAGUUCCUGGUCCCGACAAUUUACUAAGUGUCUAUCAAAUAGAUCAAGUGCCUGAUAUACCAAUUCUUCUCAAUCCCGAUGGAACACCAAUGGGAUCAUCAUCAUCAUCUAAUUCACCGAUAAAAUCAGAAUCACCAUCAUCAUCAUCAAAUUCAAUAGGUGGUGGAACUUUCACGAAAAUUUCAACAAUUGGUCCUACCACAAUUUUUCAAAAUACAAAAAUCGACAGUAAUACAAAACAGCCACAAAAUAAUCAACAAAUUAAUUAUAGUACACUAGAACAAGAUAUACCUAAUUUAUUUGGUCAACAACAAAUGUUGGACGAUCUACAAUUACCAGGAUUAAUUACUCAUUCGGAUUCAAAUAAUGAUAUUCAAGAUCAUCAAGCUACUUCCAUUUUAAGACCAGUGACAACAUUACUCAAUGCUGAUCAAAUUCUUCAAAUUGCCGAUCCUGUUGAUCAAUUACCAGUAUUAUUCUCCCAAGGUAUCUCAUCAAAUAAUCACACUGGUCCAGAUACAAUUCUUCUCAGUGAAAAUGGCACUGUUCUAAACGAGAGUCACAAUCCUGAUGAUAUUUUUAAACCAACCACCAUUUCCACGAAACAAAAAUUCACUACUGGAUAUAAUAUUGCAACUUCACCUUCCAAACUAUCAUCCAUUAAAAAAAGUACAACAAAGUUACCCAUUCACACUCAAAAGUAUGCUUAUUCGGAAAAAUUAACAGGCACAACGCAAAGUUUCAAAACAACAGGAAGUUUCACUGAAUCGAAAAAACCUGAUACAGGCAUUACGGAUCAAAAAUUAUCAGCUUCAAAAGUGAUGUCCACCUUUGAAACAACAACUCCAAUGAAUUUAAUUAAUACCAAAAGUAAAAAUAAAACUGAUUUAGUUAGAGUUCCAACGAUAACUUACGAUGCUGGAAAUAAAAAGCACGAUGAACUUGAUCGCGAGGAAAUUGCCAUUAAUCACAUUAUUUCAAUUUUAAAUGACACUACACCAAGUACGGACACUAAAUUUACACAACAUGCUGGAAACACAGUUUCCUCAUGGACUCAAAAUUGGGUGAGCAUUGAUGAAACAUCCAAACCUUCUCUACUAAGAAUAAGUUCAACUAGACCAAGUUCAAUGAGACCAUCUUCGUCGAUGACAACAGAAUCAUUUCCCUAUACUUAUUUUAAUAAAGGACCAUCAUCAAAUCAUUAUUAUUAUCAUCAAGUGUCCACUGAAACACCAGGAACAACAUAUUCAUCCCAAGGAUCGGGGGGAACUUCAACAUAUUUGUCAUCUAGACUUCCUCUAUAUACAACUGGUACUUUCCCAGGUAGCAGUAGUUUAACAACAAGACCAACAACAAAUCCACCAGCUCCAACAGUCAUCGUGCUGGGUCCCUUUGCUACCGAGUACACAACUUCAUCAAGUCAAAAAUUAUCUACUAGACGUCCCGCUACAACCAUAAAAACCACAAUUAAUACAAAUCCAGGAACAAAAAAACCAGUCGUAUCAACAACAAUUACACACAACAUAAGUACUGUAAUUUCCGGUGCUACUUUAAACAAUAAACAUGUUGUAUCAACAAGUUACAUUAGCGUUAAUCUCAAAGAUGGUACAAGCGUUAGACCAAGUACACUCAAGGAUAAUACAUCAACAACAGAAACUAUUUUCCACAGUUCAUCAACACCAAUUAGUACAAAGCAGCCAUUCUGGACCACAAGCUACCCAAACAAAAAACCGAGUUUUCAUCUAAAACCAUCAUUCGAUAUUAGCAAAAAUGCUUCCAAGAUUCCAGUUUCCACUUCAACUGCUUCACCAUACGAAGAUGAAACAGCAGCACCUGAUGAUUCCAUUAUUUUCCCACCUGUCCGACAUCCUGAAUUAAAUAUAUCAAAUGCAGUUGUUCAACAAGAGAAACCAACAUUAGUACUCAAGGGAAAUGACACAGAUUAUCCGGAUAAUUUUAUUGUUGGUGAUAUUCCAACGCCUUCAUUUAUUGAGGAUGAUGUUUUAAAGAAUAAGGUAGAUUCGUUUGUCAAUAAAAUUGUUGACUCUUUACAAGGUAAUUUUGAGGAAUUGAAAGAUGUUGUUUAUACAAAGACAAAUACAACUGUUUCGCCUCCAACAAAAAUAUCAUCAUCAACAACUAAACGACCAACAUCUAGUCCAAGCAAAAAACCAAAACCAUCUCAAGUCACUGUUAAAAAACCAGUGACACCCAAGAAACCAACAACAAUUCGACCAUCAACCGCCGCAUCAGGUAGACCGACAACACUUAAAUCAAAACCAACAUCAGGACAAAUUGUUGUAACAACAAAAAAAGUUACAGCUACUACAAAAAGACCAAAACCAACGAAAAAAAUUACUACAAUACCAUCAACUGAAGUUAUAACAUCUGAGGAUGUAUCGUCAACAUUAUCAGAAGGCUUGCAAACAACGAGAAUUCCUGAUCUUAAUUCAGCGACUGAUCAUCAAAAAGUUUGUGGAAUUAGGCCUCAUGUUAAAACAGGCAGAAUUGUUGGAGGUAAAGGUGCAGUCUAUGGUGAAUGGCCAUGGCAAGUUUUAGUUCGAGAAUCAACUUGGCUUGGACUGUUCACAAAAAAUAAAUGUGGUGGCGUUCUAAUAACAAAUAAAUAUGUCAUAACCGCAGCUCAUUGUCAACCAGGGUUCCUGGCGUCUUUAAUAGCAGUAUUUGGCGAACACGAUAUUUCUGGAGAACUAGAAGCAAAACGUAGCGUAACGAAAAAUGUAAAACGAGUUAUUGUGCAUAAAGGUUACGAUGCUGCGACCUUUGAAAACGAUCUUGCAUUACUUGAACUUGAGAGUCCCAUUCAAUUUGAUACCCACAUUGUGCCAAUUUGCAUGCCUGAUGAUAGUGAAGAUUUCACCGGACAAAUGGCCACAGUUACCGGAUGGGGCCGUCUCAAGUACAAUGGUGGAGUCCCUUCAGUACUACAGGUGGUACAUGUACCAAUAAUGGAAAAUUCAGUGUGUCAAGAGAUGUUCCAAAUGGCAAAUCAUCCAAAAUUGAUAUUAAACAGUUUUCUGUGCGCUGGUUACGCGACAGGUCUAAAGGAUUCGUGUGAGGGUGACAGUGGAGGACCUUUAACAAUUCAACGAACAGAUGGUAGAUGGGUAUUGGUUGGAACAGUGUCCCAUGGAAUAAAAUGUGCAGCACCAUAUAUGCCGGGUGUUUACAUGAGAACCACUUAUUUUAAGCCAUGGUUACAAAUUAUCACUGGAGUUUAAAGUGUGAAAUACUAUGUACUUAAAAGUCAACGGCACUUGUGCCACUUGUAUAAAUGUACAAAUGAGAUUAAUUUAUUCAAAUCUUUAAUCAAGACGAUGAAAAUCGAAAAAAAAGAAAAGAAAUUUCACGUGAUUCGUGCUCAAAUUGAGAUUAAUAUGCAAGAGCCAAUUAAUCGAUUUAAUCGUUCUAUUCUGUGUAAAUAAUUUUUAUUUUUCCUAAUUGCCUUUAUAUGUAUACAAAUCUGUUUAUUCUCAUCGAGAUCUAUAUUUAUUAUUGCAUUUUAGCUAUUACUAUUUAUUAAAAACUUAUUUUUGUACAAAAAAAAAGUUCACGGGCUUAUUUUUAAUAAUUGAAGAAAAAAAGGAAUAAUGUAAAUACAUUUUCUUCAAGAAAAAAUCUA